AUGCUGAUGCUGGUGGGUGAUCUGCAGAGGCAGUGGCUGGGCGAGGUUGGGCCUAUUUGUGUGACUGAGGCAAAUAGCACAAAGGUGGAAAGUCUGCAUUCAUCAGACAUCGGUCUCUGCCUGCUGUCAGACCUUAUCGUGUUGGAAAAUGGUGUACCAAUGCGGGGCAUGAAAAGGUGGCUCUUGCUCAGAGCCGGGGUCUUCUCUGAAAGGCUUAACAUGACCUCUAAGCCCAUGGCAGACCUGUACUUCAUUGACAAGCUUGCUCUGAGAGCAGGCAAUGAGAAAGAAGAAGGAGAAACAGCAGACACUGUGGGUUGCUGCUCACUUCGUGUGGAGCACAUCAAUCUGCACCUAGAGUUGGAUGGUCAGGAGUAUGUGGUAGAGUUUGACUUCCUUGGGAAGGACUCAAUCAGAUACUAUAACAAGGUCCCUGUUGAGAAGAGAGUUUUUAAGAACUUACAGUUUUUUAUGGAGAAUAAACAACCUGAGGAUGAUCUUUUUGACCAACUCAAUACUGGCAUUCUAAAUAAGCAUCUUCAGGAUCUCAUGGAGGGCUUAACAGCCAAGGUAUUCUGUACAUACAAUGCCUCCAUCACACUACAACAGCCGCUGAAAGAACUCACAGCUCCGGAUGAGAACAUCCCAGCAAAGAUCCUUUCUUACAACCGUGCCAAUCGAGCUGUUGCAAUUCUUUGUAACCAUCAGAGGGCACCACCCAAAACUUUUGAGAAGUCUAUGAUGAACUUGCAAUCUAAGAUUGAUGCCAAGAAGGAACAGCUAGCAGAUGCAGACCUGAAAAGUGCAAAGGCUGAUGCCAAGGUCAUGAAGGAUGCUAAGACCAAGAAGGUGGUAGAGUCAAAGAAGAAAGCUGUGCAAAGAUUGGAGGAGCAGCUGAUGAAGCUGGAAGUUCAGGCUACAGACCGAGAGGAGAAUAAACAAAUUGACUUGGGAACCUCCAAACUCAAUUAUCUGGACCCUAGGAUCACAGUGGCGUGGUGCAAGAAGUGGGGCAUCCCAAUUGAGAAAAUUUACAAUAAAACCCAGCUGGAGAAAUUUGCCUGGGCCAUCGACAUGGCAUCCCAAUUGAGAAAAUUUACAAUAAAACCCAGCUGGAGAAAUUUGCCUGGGCCAUCGACAUGGCUGAUGAGGACUAUGAGUUUUAGCUAGUCUCAAAGGGCAGGGUUCUGUGAAAAGGAACAGUGUGGUUUGGGGAAGAUGGAAAAGCUGUGAGCCUCACUUGCCCUCACACUGGAGGGAGAGAGGCAGCAAGUCUUAACAAACCAUCUUUGCGAAAAGAGAAACCUGGAGAUAUUAUAAGGGAGAGCUGAGCCAGUUGUCUUAUGGACAACUUAUUUAAAAAAUAUUUCAGAUAUCAAAAUUCUAGCUGUAUGAUUUGUUUUGAAUUUUGUUUUUAUUUUCAAGAGGGCAAGUGGAUGGGAAUUUGUCAGCAAUCUGCCAGACAAAUUCACUGUUUCACUGAAAUGUUUGGAUUCUCUUAGCUACU